CCCAUCGCGCACGCCCGAUUAAAAGAAAAUCCAGCUGAGUGUUGAGUUUUUGAAAACAACGACAAGACAGGGCCGACAAUGUUAAUACUGUAAUUAUUGUCUAACGGUUUGGUGGAAUUAGUCAUUUACCAACGUUUGUGAACCCCAAACAGAUCUCCCGACAUUCCAAACCAUGGAGCCCACAGCCCCCAAAAGUAAGCUGAAAAAACUGAGUGAAGACAGUUUAACAAAACAGCCAGAAGAAGUUUUUGAUGUUCUGGAAAAACUUGGAGAAGGCUCCUAUGGCAGUGUGUUUAAAGCCAUCCAUAAGGAGUCAGGGCAAGUGGUGGCCAUCAAGCAAGUGCCUGUGGAGUCUGACCUGCAGGAAAUCAUCAAGGAGAUCUCCAUCAUGCAACAGUGUGACAGUCCCUAUGUGGUGAAGUACUAUGGCAGUUACUUUAAGAACACUGACCUGUGGAUUGUCAUGGAAUACUGUGGAGCUGGCUCCGUCUCUGACAUCAUCAGGCUGCGCAAUAAAACGCUGACUGAGGAUGAGAUAGCGACCAUCCUCAAGUCCACCCUCAAGGGUUUGGAGUACCUCCACUUCAUGAGGAAGAUCCACAGAGACAUCAAGGCUGGAAACAUCCUCCUCAACACGGAGGGGCACGCCAAGCUGGCCGACUUUGGAGUGGCCGGGCAGCUAACGGACACCAUGGCCAAGAGGAACACGGUGAUCGGCACGCCCUUCUGGAUGGCCCCCGAGGUGAUCCAGGAGAUCGGCUACAACUGCGUGGCAGACAUCUGGUCCCUGGGGAUCACCUCCAUAGAGAUGGCGGAGGGCAAGCCGCCCUACGCAGACAUCCACCCCAUGAGGGCUAUCUUCAUGAUCCCCACAAACCCCCCUCCCACCUUCCGGAAGCCUGAGCUGUGGACAGACGAAUUCACCGAUUUUGUCAAGAAGUGUCUGGUGAAGAACCCUGAGCAGAGAGCCACUGCCACCCAGCUCUUACAACACCCGUUCAUCACCAACGCCAAGCCGGUGACCAUCCUGAGGGACCUGAUCUUGGAGGCCAUGGAGGUGAAGGCCAAGAAACAGCAGGAGCAGCAGAGAGAGCUGGAGGAGGAGGAGGAGAACUCCGAGGAGGAAACGGAGGUGGACUCCCACACCAUGGUGAAGUCGGGCUCCGAGGGGGCGGGCACCAUGCGCGCCACCAGCACCAUGAGCGACGGGGCCCAGACCAUGAUCGAGCACGGCAGCACCAUGCUGGAGGCGGACCUGGGCACCAUGGUCAUCAACAGCGACGACGAGGAGGAGGAUGAAGACGAAGGCUCCAUGAGGAGACACACCACACCCCAGCAGCCGCUACGCCCGUCCUUCAUGGACUACUUUGACAAGCAGGACUCAAACAAGGCCCAGGAGAGGGAGAACUACAACCACAAUCAGCCCCAGGAGCCCUACCACAUAGCCAAAAACGUUUUCCCAGACAACUGGAAGGUCCCACAGGAUGGAGACUUUGACUUUCAGUUGAAGAACCUGGACUUUGAGGAGCUGCAGCUGCGCCUGAGCGCGCUGGACCCCAUGAUGGAGCGGGAGAUCGAGGAGCUGAGGCAGCGCUACACUGCCAAGAGACAGCCCAUCCUGGACGCCAUGGACGCCAAGAAACGACGGCAGCAGAACUUCUGAGACUCGCCGGCUUUCUUCUAGCGCGUUCCUGACCAUGGUGCUGACUUGUGAGAGCUGGCAAGGAAAAAAGAGGAUGAUUGCCAUAGAGUUUGUGGUUGUGCCCGAAACUAGAACAUAUUGAUGCCUUUGACGAGCCCCCUGUUUUGACUUCCAUUAACUUGGUUGCCAUGAUUAUAGUCCAAUAGCAUUCCUCCACUUUCUUAAUCAUGUCCGAUUACUAAUAGCUGUAGGCCUGGACUCUCAUGUCCCUACAUUUAUUUUCUGGUCAACUGGUCACCAUGAAGUCUGUUUCACUUGAUUCCAGGGCUGUGGGUUUUUUGUCUUUAAGUCAUGUCUUCUUAGUCUUGACCCAGGAAUGUACUGGUUUGGACAAGUCCCCUUCUUGGUCAAAGGCAUGGCUCUUUAGAAGUCUCCAUGAAAACAAAGCAAAGGGACAAUAUUAGUUUUGUAACUGACAUUCCACCAAACUAGAAGCAGCAGGGGUACUGUAGACGAGUAAAGACGACAUAACCAAGCUUUGACAAUGUUUGGUAAAAGCUGUGGAGGUUUGUCCACAACCAAAGACUAUCGUGAAGAGAAUGCCUUAAAGGGAGGAGUAUUAAAGUAAUGGACGUAUGUAAUUUACCCUUAAUGAGAAAUCAUGCUGUUGAGUACUAUUGAAUGAUCCCUAUCUACAACCUAAUUAUGGGAAUUGAGGGAAGGGAUAAUGCAUGUCUCAUUUUGAUGGACCAUGAAGUUAAAUCUCGGUUAACAAUAUUAUUUUCUUUGUAUACUUUUCUAUCAUCUUCAGUUGGCUGUUUCAAAAAAUCUGUAUACUUAAGUUUGUCAUAAAACAUAAUCUGGCAUGUCAACCCAAGUAGUUUACUUAGUUUUUCAGCAAAUAUAGAAGAUGGAACUGGCUGUCUUCAGUUGUGUCAGUGUUGGAGGCCAUACUAAACAUUUCAUGACAGACGAUAUUGUCAGUUGAAGCUAGAGAUUGUGCUAAAGGCUCUUAAUGGUGUUCAAAUUGCUGUAAAUUAUUCAUUAAUGUUUUGUGUAAUACACCACAUGACCUAAAAAUCUAGAACCAAAUAUCAAUGAAUUAACUCAGUUCAUAAGCAAAUGCAGUAAUACAUUGAUACUGACAUUUGACAAUCAUUUAAUACCAUUGUGUUGGUUUUAAAAUGUAUAGAAUUUUCUGAAUGUAAAGGUUAAUUAUAGACUGUGGUUAAAUAAGGCAUGGUGGUGUAGGACAACUCACUUCACUUCUUGGAGUAAACCUUGGUGAGCUUCUAGACAGAUCCUACUUCAAAAAGGAUUUGAGUUGCAGUUUGGCUAUGUGUAUUUAAUUUUUUUGUUUGUUGGUAAUGACACUACAGAAUUGUCAGAAAUCUAUUUUUAAAUACACAUCCUAUCAGUCAAACUUGUUAAGCCUAUUGCGUAGUGGCAUAGUUCCAUUUAAAGUCUAACAAGUAACUAUUAACUCUGGAUAAGAGCGUCUGCUAAAAAAAUGACAUAAUUAACAUAAACGAAGGUUAUAUUCUGCUGUAAUAGUUUGUUGCAUUUAUCCUCAUAUAUUUACACAAUUCAGGCAACAUAUAAGGACUGAGUUGAAUGUAACCUAUUGCUUUCUAACUUAUUGUUUCAAAAUGUUAUGUUUGGAAUGUGUAGGAAAUAAAGUAACUAGAACAUA